CACCGACGUCGCGAAGGCGGUGCUUUUCCCUCCCUCCUCGUUACCUAUACUCCCGUGGAUCGGAAGUAUUACAGGCGGGCUUUCGUCGCUGUUUUUGAACUACACUUCUUUAAAAAAAUAACUGGUAGCACCAUAUAAAUUCAUAUAUAUAAACCCAAAGUACAAUUGUUGACAUCGGCUUACCGGUUUGAAGUAAAACGAGGGCCUGCUUCCCCUCAAACUGACCGAGGCCAUCAUGAAGCUGACGGACAAUGUGCUGCGGAGCUUUAGAGUUGCUAAGGUGUUUCGAGAAAACUCAGACAAAAUUAACUGUUUCGAUUUCAGUUCAAAUGGAGAAACAAUUAUUUCCAGCAGCGACGACGAUUCCUUAGUCUUGUACGACUGCCAAGAGGGAAAACCCAAGAGGACUCUCUACAGCAAAAAGUAUGGAGUGGAUCUGAUCAGGUACACACAUGCUGCAAACACUGUGGUCUACAGUUCCAACAAAAUCGAUGAUACUAUCCGGUACCUGUCCCUUCACGACAACAAAUACAUCCGCUACUUUCCUGGGCAUAACAAAAGAGUGACGUCCCUCUCCAUGUCUCCUGUGGAUGACACAUUUAUAUCUGGCUCAUUAGAUAAAACAAUCAGACUGUGGGAUUUGCGGUCGCCUAACUGUCAGGGUUUGAUGCACCUGCAGGGGAAGCCGGUGUGCUCUUUUGAUCCAGAGGGUCUAAUAUUCGCUGCAGGAAUUAAUUCAGAGAUGGUUAAACUUUAUGAUCUGCGGUCGUUUGACAAGGGUCCUUUUGCAACCUUCAAGCUUCAGUAUGACCGGACGUGUGAGUGGACAGGACUCAAGUUUAGCAAUGAUGGAAAACUCAUUCUUCUUUCUACUAAUGGUGGAGCCCUUCGUGUCUUAGAUGCUUUUAAGGGUGCCGUGUUACAUUCCUUUGGGGGUUACAACAACAAUAAAUGUGUAACACUGGAGGCAUCGUUCACCCCGGAUUCUCAGUUUGUUAUGAUCGGCUCUGAAGAUGGAAAAAUCCAUGUGUGGAAUGCAGAGAGCGGUAUGAAGGUGGCUUUAUUAGACGGGAAGCACACAGGACCAAUUACCUGCCUGCAGUUCAACCCCAAGUUCAUGACGUUUGCAAGUGCCUGCUCCAACAUGGCAUUCUGGCUCCCGACCAUCGAUGACUGAUUGCGUCAAAGGGAAGGCAAGGCUUCUGUUGAAGGCCAAAGUCAAAGUGAGCAGCAGGGUUCAGCACAGCCAGCUCCAUUGUAAAUUACACAGGAAGCGUUAUAUUCAAAUUGUACAUAAGUAGUUUGCAGAAAUAGAUCAUUUGUCCAUUCUUUUUUAUAUUUCUAUUUAACAUUAAACUGUUUCUUUGUAAGA